AUGGCAGAUGAAUAUGAUUAUCAAUUGUGGAUUUAUCAGUGUCAAAAAAUAAUUCGUCAAGCGCAAAUAAAAAAAAAAAUUCGACGUAAAAGGAUCAUAUGUGCUUUAUUAUGCAAUGAAAUAGUUAUCCAGAGAUCUAAAAAAAAAUAUACACCAAAGAAAUUUUGGAUCCAUCCUUUAUUUAAAUUACGACGAGAGCAUGGAUUUUUCGAAGCCGUCUUCCCUACUCUUUCUUCAUACUCUGAAAAAAUUGAAAAUUAUAUUCGAAUGACAGCUGUACAAUUUGAGCAGCUCUUAUAUCUAGUUGGCCCGAAAAUAUCAAAACAAAAAGUAAUAAGAGAACCUAUUUCAGCUCCAGCACGAUUGGCUAUGACUUUACGGUUUUUAGCUACUGGUGACUGUAUGUCAUCAAUAUCGUACCAAUAUUUGGUUGGAUUAACGACAACAGCAAAUAUAAUCACUGAAACGUGUGAAGCUCUUUGGAGCUGUCUUAAAGAAAAAGUGUUACCAUAUCCUUUGAAUGAGGCAGAUUGGUUAAAAAUUUCAAUCGAAUUUGAAAAGCAAUGGCAAUUCCCACAUUGCAUUGGAGCUAUCGAUGGGAAACAUAUACAUAUACAGUGUCCUGACAAUGCAGGUUCUUCAUACUACAACUAUAAAAAUAGUCAUAGUAUUGUAUUGAUGGCUAUUUGUGAUGCAAAUUAUUUGUUCACUUUCAUUGAUGUAGGAGCUUACGGCAGAAGAAGUGAUGGUGGGAUUUUUCGAGAUUCAGCAAUGGGUCGGAAAUUUCGAAAUAACGAAAUGAAUAUACCGAAACCAGAUCUGUUAACUGUCGAUGGGCUACCCCAACCUUAUGUUCUUGUGGGAGAUGAGGCAUUCCAGUUGACUAAUUAUUUACUUCGACCAUAUCCUGGUAGAAGUGGUCUUAAUAUGGAAAGAAGUAUUUAUAAUUAUCGUCUCAGUCGAGCUCGCAGAACUAUUGAAAAUUCAUUUGGUAUCAUAGUAAGCUUAUGGAGGAUCCUAAAAAAACCUAUUGAUGCUACAGUUGAAAACACUAUUAGUAUAAUUCAAGCGAUUAUAUGUUUACAUAAUUGGCUCCGCAAGCAUGACGAAGAUGAUAUUUAUAUUCCACCGAAUUUAGUUGAUCAAGAAGGGCCCAAUGGUAUAAUUCCAGGAUCUUGGAGACAUGAAGUUAAUUUUUCUGCUCUCAAAGAUAGACCAGUCCAAGGUAAUAAUUUUAGUAGUCGAUCUGCAAUAGCCGUUAGAGAUGAUUUUUGUGAAUAUUUCAAUGCCGAAGGCGCAGUUCCCUGGCAGUAUAGCCGUAAUUAAAAUAGUACAAAAAUUGUAUCAUACGUUUAAAAAAAAUCACGCAUUCAAUAUAUAAUUGUUACCAAAUCAUUCAUGUACGUUAUAUAUAUUGUCUUAUAAUCCUAAAUUUGUAAUUAUUUUUAUACUAUUCAAUCUUUUAAUGUAAAUCAAUAAAACAAUUUUUUUUAAUUUUGACCAAAUGCAAAAAAAGAAA